GGGAUUUGUCUCUGGAACUAAAGGGCAAAUUGCACCUCUGACAAGACACGCAGCCUUUGUGUUGAGACUACUGACUGCUGACAUCUAUUGUUAUAAUCUUUAUACUUUAAGUGACCUGGAGUCAGAUUUUCAAGGAGGAGUCCAGAGCAUACCUGUAGAGCUGCAGCUUCUCCUUCUCUGAGCUCUGCCAAAGGUAUGAGCUGUUAUGUAGUAGUUGCAUGUGAAGAGAAGACAGAGUAGGGGCCAUCCUCAGAAGAUCCUGUCCUAAGCUGUGCCUGAAAGUUCAUCCAGCUGGCUGAUGAGCAUAACGUCUUCUGAAGGAAUGACAGGAUGUUCUUUAACCCUUAAAAUAAAAAUGACAGACAACAUAUUUCAGCGUUCCAGAAUAAGAGAAUAAUAAUAGUUGAAGAGGGAGCUGAUUGCCUGGGUUAACCUGAACUGCCUGCUCUAUUCUUUUUCUUCUUGUCACGUUUUAUAUGACGCAAGACCUAAACAAAAUCCAGAAGUGGAAAAAGCAAGUCCCUCUGCCACAAUGAGCUCUGAACAUGAAGAAAUCGAUGUUGCAAAAACUGUUGUCAAUGGGCUGAGCAGCAAUGGACAAGAAAAAGCUGUUGACGUCCCUUUAUGUACACGUUCUAUUUCUGCCGUUAAAAUAAUCCCUGUGAAGAAAGUGAAAAGUUCUCCUCACCUAGUGCUGCCUACAGAAAUGGAUCCCACAAAAGUCUGCAGUGGAAAAGGAGCCGUAACCCUCCGGGCAACUCCAUCCUAUGAAGGGAAUCGGAAUAUCACUUCACCAUGUCCUCAGGAUGUUGAGCAACAUGAAAGUCUGGAGCCAGAAAACUCAGAAACAGAUGACUGGAGGUCGUCGUCUAACACUGAUGCCAAUGGGGAUGCCCAGCCAUCUUCUCUGGCUGCCAAGGGUUAUAGGAGUGUGCGUCCAAACCUGUCUUCAGAGAGCAAGCCACAGGCCCUUGCUCCUCCCCGUCCUCCUCUUCCCAAAGAGGAAAGCUUUGCAUGGCGUCCUCGCACUGACACUAAAGUGACCAACCUGUUGCCAGUGCCCAUCAUGGACUGUGUGUACCUGAAUGCACCCAAGCCUUACGCACAGCGUGCAUCACCAAACACCAGUGCACGCUGUUAUUUGUCAUCACCAACCCCCUACGGGGCUGUCCCCAGUGGGAAGCAAGGCUUGCCAGCAGGGCGUUCUCCCUCUUCAGGCCCCAAAGAUGAGGUGCAUGCUGGGCAGCCACUCUUGGAAAGUCACUCCUCAUCGGGUGCAUCAUCCAUACAACUCAACCCUGUCAGGGCAGAUCCCAGUAGUAAGGCUGGAAUGAAUUCCAGUCAUGAGACGAAGGCGGAUAAAAAGGUCAGCAAACUAUAUGUAGCUUGUUUAUCUAACAGCACUUGCUCAGGCGCAUCUCAAAAUUCCACUGGCACCACACAUGACCCGGCAGCCAGCACCAGUUUGGGCGCUGAGCUCACUCAGGCACCAGCCACCAACAUUGUUCCCUCUGUAACAGACACUGAAAAGUCUCUUCCUGCUGCUCCUCCUCCUCCUAUUCCUCCCAGGCCGUACUUUUACAUUGUCCUCAGCAAAGACGCAGUUAGUUAUGGUGCAGGCCAGCCCUCCCGGACUCAGCCAUCACCUCCGCAAGCUGUGAGGGACAGAGUGCUAGAGCCCCAGAGCACAGCUGCCACAGAGGACAGGAUGAGAAAAGAGCCUUACCUUACUCAGCAGCGACAGCCACCAUACAAGGCAAUGGGACGCAGCAUGGAUGCCACUGCCACCACCUCAGCUCAGCCUGGAGUUAUAGUAGUCCCCCUCCUUCAGGUUAAUCCAGACAGACAACAAGAAGGCAGCUCCAGCACUCCACCACCGCCUCUGGUUCCUUUCGGGCAAGGCUCCGUAUUCCCUGAGAUUGUUCCUUCUGGCUCACCCUUGACUUUUCCAACUCUAGACGAUUUCAUUCCCCCACAUCUCCAGAGGGGCUCCCACCAUAACCAAGCACCCUCCACAUCUGGCACAUUACCCUCUGUUUACCCGAAACUGCCAUUCUUCUCAUCACCACCUUCACUUGUCCCUCCAGUCACGGGGGCUUUGCACAGGGGCUUGAAGCCUGAAAUCACUGGAGUCAUCUCACAUACAGACCCAGGUCCUGUAUUAAAUGAAGUGCCCCAGCCUGGCACUGACUAUCCAACCUCCAUCACUUCCAUCAGCAAGUCUGCCUCUGCCUAUCCUUCUACCACAAUCGUCAAUCCCACUAUUGUCCUGUUGCAGCACAAUCGAGAACAGCAAAAAAGGCUUAGUAGCCUGGCAGAUUCAGUGCCAGACAGAUUAAUUUCUGAUAGAGUUGAUUCAGCCCUUCUGCGGGACAAGCCAGCUCAGGAGACUGUGCCAAGCGAGAAGAGGGCAGUGGAGGAAAAGAGAAGCGCUGUCAGGAGCCCUCCCUACAUGGCUGAUACCUCUGUUGAUGACAUUGGAAUUCCACUGAGGAAUACAGACAGAUCAAAGGACUGGUACAAGACGAUGUUCAAACAGAUCCACAAGCUAAAUAGAGACAAUCCUGAAGAAAACCCUUAUUGCCCUACCUACACAUUUCCUGAACUUCCUGAAAUCCAGCAAAAAACUGAAGAAGACAAUCCUUAUUCUCCUACAUACCAGUUUCCUGCGUCUACUCCUAGUCCUAUCUCUGAAGAUGAAGAUUCUGAUUCAUUCUCUCCGCGUUAUUCCUAUUCUGAGGACAGCCGAACCCAAGUUCCCCGCUCCAAGAGUGAGAUGGACAAUAUUGAUUCAGAGAAGGUUGUGAAGAGGUCUGCCACUUUGCCACUGCCAAACCGUGCUUCAGCACUGAAGUCAAGCCCAGAAAGGACUGACUGGGAGCCUCCAGACAAGAAGGUGGAUACCAGAAAAUACCGUGCAGAGCCCAGGAGCAUUUAUGACUAUCAGCCAGGGAAGUCCUCUGUUCUGAACAACGAAAAGAUGACUCGGGAUAUAAGCCCAGAAGAGAUAGAUUUAAAGAAUGAACCUUGGUAUAAAUUCUUUUCGGAAUUGGAGUUUGGGAAACCGCCAUUUGUUCACAUGCCUCCAAAAAAGAUUUGGGAUUAUACUCCUGGAGAUUGCUCUAUCCUUACUAGAGAGGAUAGAAAGAGUGAUCUAGAAAAAGACCUCUACCUUUACCAGACUGAGUUAGAGGCAGAUUUAGAAAAAAUGGAGAAGCUUUAUAAAGCACCACAUAAAAAGCCACAGAAGAAUACAGCAGGUGUUACUCCUCUGGAAACUUCCACAGACCAUUCUUCCUACUCCACUUAUUCACCCAACUACCAUGCAGUGAAGAGGGAGUCAGAGCUAGCUGUGGGGGACCCUGCUGCCUUGGAGAAUGAAAGGCAGAUUUACAAGAGUGUGCUGGAAGGUGGAGAUAUCCCAUUCCAGGGGCUGAGUGGUCUCAAGCGACCUUCGAGUUCUGCUUCCACAAAAGAUUCAGAAUCACCAAGGCAUUUUGCACCAGUUGAUUACAUGGAAACUCCAGAAGAAAUCCUCCGCAGGCGGUAUGAUGAUAAAGAGAAACUUUUAGAGGACCAGAGACGGCUUAAACGUGAGCAAGAAGAAGCUGAUAUUGCCGCUAGAAGGCACACAGGGGUUAUUCCAACGCACCAUCAGUUUAUCACUAAUGAACGAUUUGGGGACCUCCUAAAUGUAGACGAUACUGCAAAGAGGAAAUCUGGGUCAGAGAUGAGACCUGCUAGAGCCAAGUUUGACUUUAAAGCACAGACACUAAAGGAACUUCCUCUGCAAAAAGGAGAUAUUGUUUACAUUUACAAGCAGAUUGACCAGAACUGGCUCGAAGGUGAACACCAUGGCAGAGUUGGCAUCUUCCCACGAUCAUACAUAGAGUUCCUUCCACCAGCUGAGAAGGCUCAACCCAAAAAGCCAUUACCAUUGCAAGUAUUGGAAUAUGGAGAUGCUAUUGCUAAGUUCAACUUCAAUGGGGAUACCCAAGUGGAAAUGUCCUUCAGAAAGGGUGAAAGGAUCACAUUGAUUCGACGAGUGGAUGAGAACUGGUAUGAAGGAAGAAUCUCUGGCACCAGUCGCCAAGGCAUCUUCCCCGUCACUUACGUGGAGGUGCUCAAACGGCCAGUGGUCAAGAAUGCCAUUGACUAUCCCGACCCACCUGUGUCCCUCUCCCCCAGCCGCAGCAUGACAGCUUCACCACAGUCUCCCAGCUCUGAGCUGCUCCAUACUCCAACUCCUCCGCCUUUGCCUUUUGCGCGCCGCGCUUUGUCUCCAGAGGUGCAGGCGGUCACAUCCGAGUGGAUUGCUCUGACCGUGGGAGUGUCUCCCAGCACCACUCCUGCCAUAACUCCUCCAUUGCCUCCUCCGCCUGAAGCCUCCCUCUCUCACACUGACUAUCUCUCGCCUUCUGCUGCAGCCAGCCCUUCCCCCACAGUCAGCCUCCACCAUUCUCAUCUCUCUGGCUCCUCGACUCCCAGGUCCAUUAGAUCCCCAUUGCCCUCUUCCUCAUCCAGACCUCAAUCCUCUGCCCGCAGUUUCUACCAGGCCACUCCACAAAACGAAGAAAAGUUUGUGGACUCCCCUUCUCCCAGCGUGACUUACUCUAACUCCUCUCGCUGGGCAGUGGAGAGCCCCGAAAGCAUCCUCGCAGAGCAGCGUGACACCACUGCCAGCCAAGCCUGGCUCCAAAAGACAGGAGAGGGCAGCAGCCACCCUGAGCAGAGUGCUCAUGCUGUCCCCAAGAUCUCUGUUGAGCGCUGCCUGAAACCAUCCCAACUAGACAUGCGUGCGAGCCCAGAAAGGAGACCUGUGGGUUCCUCUGAGGACAACCAGUUGUGUCAGGAGCUAAUGGCUAUUGUUCAGGGAGGUAAAACAGAGAAAAGAGACAUGAGGAAAGGUGAUACAGGAAAGUUUCAAAGCGGGGAAAAUAAGACUGCAGACUCAAAAGUAUUCUCUUCAUCUGCUCCUCUCUCUUCCUCUACCCUCUCUUCCUCUACUGUCACAACACAGCCACCACCCAGACUUACACGCAGAGUCAAUAAGCCACAGCCUUCCCACCAUUCAUUGAGAGCUGGACCAGAUCUCACAGAGUCUGAAAAGAGCUAUGUGCAACCUCAAGCACAGCAGCAAGGAGCCAGCCCUGAGCGAAGUCAAACACCACGAGACAUAGUUAGCUACCAAGCCCUCUACAGCUACACUCCUCAGAAUGAUGAUGAGCUGGAACUGAGGGACGGUGACAUUGUUGAUGUCAUGGAGAAAUGUGAUGAUGGCUGGUUUGUGGGUACAUCCAGGAGAACAAGGCAAUUUGGCACCUUCCCAGGCAACUACGUGAAGCUUCUGUACCUGUAAAGUAACAGUGAUCCCACCAUGACAAGGAUGGUGGGAUUCCUUUCCAGAUGGUGUUUUUAAACAGUGAAGAAACAGACAAUUUAUGAAUGUAAUAGACAAGAGAUGAGAAGUGUUAGGAGGAUGUGGUUAUGUGGUACACUAUUGAGUUGAAUGUGUAGCCCUGCUUCCAUGGAGUCAGGGUGUGAUUUGUUUGCUGAAGAAGAGACAGUUUCUAGUUUACAGUGCUGCCUUUGUGUAUUCCUCUCCCUUCCCCAGUAAGAGUUUUGAUGAUAAUCUUAAUUUGUACGGAGUACUUACCUCUGAGAAGGCUUCAGGGAAGCACAUGGUAUAGGUUUUGUUUGUGUAUUGAGAUAGGGUAGUGCUUUGGCAGUACUCAGCCCCGCAGCUGCUCACCUUGGUUGGCACAGGAGUUCAGGAACAGGAGUUCAAGAAACAGGCUCGCUGCCCAGUUGCUGCCUUGCUGAAAACUCACUUUUCUCUGCCUUCCAUUUCCAUAGAAAACCUUUCCUUCAUGUCAUGCAUCUUAAGACACAGGAGAGGCAGAGGACAGCUGAUACCAUUGAAUUGCAGAGCUCUGUGUGGAAAAGGAGUUUGGGACCGGUGGUUUAAUCCAGAGAGGUCAGCCAAAGCAUAAUGCAAAUGCUCAAAAAUCCCAAACCCUUCAAUAACAUAUUACUGAUCUCUGCAGGGUUUUUUCUUUUGUGCAGGGUGUGUGUGUGUGAAUGUAUUGUGUGCAAAAUUAACUGAGUCGUGUUUUUUUAAAGAGAAAUCAGCCUAGCUUUGACAUUUAUCUGCACAAAGAAUAGAACCAAUAAACAGAACAUCCGUGAGGGCAGAUCCUGUUUAUGAGUCCUACGGCUGUUCACUUUCUCUGCUCCUCUUCCCCUGUCACUGGCCCUAAAGGAUCACACACCUUUUCCAGUAUAUGCUUUGUAAUGAAAUGCUGGGACUUCUUUCCCAGCAUUAAAUCUUAGAGGCUCUGAUAAAUCUGAGCAAUGUAUCACUGAGGGUGCCUUUUUUCUUUUUUUUUUUUUCCAUUUUGGUUACAGUGUUGAUGGUAGGUCAAAUAAAUACAUGCAUUUUGGCUGUCUCUCAGUCAUACAAAAAAGUCUAAUCAAUUUGGAAAGUCGUUCCCAGCAGUUAUUACCAGUUACAUAGAUUUGUAUUUCCUUGAAGGGAAAAAAAAAAAACCAAACAAAUCCAUGGCUUGGCUGUAUGUUUGCUUGUGAAUCCACUAUGAAUACUCUUUUGAUAGAUUUUUUGUUAUUAAGAAAAAGCAUAAACAAAACCAGUUCUAUCAGACUCUGCUUCCUACAAUUGCCGUACAAAUAGCAAAGGGUAGAUUGCUAUUUUGUCAUAAGCCGUAUUUAAUAAUAUAAAAUGCCUAUUUUUAUGCUGAUGCUUUUAUACAGAUUUAUUAAGAGUAAACUACAACUAACUGUUAGCACGACUUGCAAUGUUUUGAUAAACUAGCCAUGCUCCUGGGUUUGAAAUCUAGUAGGCUUGUCUUCCGUCUAAGUCAGCGGAAGAGAAGACUCUGUGUCUCAGAAGUUUGACUGUAAAUAUGUAUAUUUAACUUUGUACAGACAAUGUACUUACCUUGUAUAGAGAAAUAAUUUAAACACAUUGAGUGAAGGGAGGGGAAAAAAGGCAGUUGUGAAAGGUUGGGAUUUUUUUCCACUUUAAUUUAAGUGAUGGAAUUCCAUGUAUGUUCACAUAAAGAGUUUUAGCACAAAAUAUUCAUUAUGAAAGGUUUCAGAUAUGACACAAAGCACCACUGUUUAUUUUCUGCAGGAGGUAUCUUGAAUCCUGCAACUUAUUUAUGGGUUAGUUGUUCUGCUUUGGGUUUGCCCUCCAGUUAUUUGCAAGAAUGUUUAGGCCUGUUGGUAAGAUUGGAUAACACCAAAUAAAUCUAUCCAGCAAAGUAACAUGUUGAUAUUGAUUGUAUAUAACAUACUCAUUAAAAAGUUAAUUUUCUGUUCCUGCUCUUACCAGGUUAAGUUAAACACAAACACACACACACAACACACAUAUCCACACAAACUGCAACUUCUUUUUGUGUUGAUUUUUUGUUUCUUAUUGCAGUGGAUUACUAUUUGGCAAUUAAUAAAUGGAAUUAUUGAAUUAC